ACGCCGCAGAAAAACGAAAACAAAAAGGAUUGAGUCGGAAAAUCCUGGCUCCGGAAUUAGAAAACCUUAGGAAAAUGAGCAACCCGGCAGUGAAGCGUCCCUCCGACGCACUAGUGCCGGUAUCCAGUUCGAAGAAAUCACGCACGGAUCUCGUAUCGUACACCACAAAAGAUAAACAGCUUCUUGAACAGCAGAAUGUCCAACGCACUUCGAACCUGCUGGGCCCCAUUAUGCUGCUGGAAGGACAUGGGGGAGAAAUAUUCUCUACCCAGUUCCACCCGGAUGGCGACCACCUUCUGUCCACCGGAUUCGACCGUCAGAUUUUUCUCUGGACGGUGUACGGCGAGUGUGAAAACGUGGGCGUGCUGAGUGGUCACUCCGGGGCCGUAAUGGAGGCUCACUUUUCCCCGGAUGGUUCCAACGUGUACAGCUGUGCCACGGACAAGGUAGUCGCCGUCUGGGACGUUCCGACUUGCACUCGCAUCCGGAAGCUGAAGGGACACACUCACUUCGUCAACAGCUGCAGUGGAGCCCGCCGCGGACCGACCCUGAUUGUGUCGGGAUCGGACGAUUCAUCGAUAAAGAUCUGGGAUGCCCGAAAGCGACACGUUAUAAGCACGUUCGACAACACGUACCAGGUGACGGCCGUUUGCUUCAACGAUACCGCCGAACAGGUCAUCUCGGGUGGUAUCGAUAAUGAGAUCAAGGUGUGGGACAUCCGCAAGAAGGAGAUUGUGUACCGUUUGCGGGGACACACGGACACGAUCACCGGGCUGUCCCUUUCACCGGACGGUUCGUAUGUGCUCAGUAACUCCAUGGACAACACCCUGCGCAUCUGGGACAUACGGCCGUACGUACCGGGCGAACGGUGCGUCAAGGUGUUCAACGGGCAUCAGCAUAACUUCGAGAAGAACCUGCUGCGUUGCGCCUGGUCACCGGAUGGGCAGAAGAUCAGUGCCGGCUCGUCCGAUCGAUACGUGUACAUCUGGGACACGACCUCACGCCGAAUCCUGUACAAGCUACCGGGGCACAAUGGUAGCGUCAACGACGUCGAUUUUCAUCCCAGCGAACCAAUAAUCGUGUCCGGUUCGAGCGACAAAACGCUCUAUCUUGGCGAAAUAGACGCAUAAAGAAGCGAUCAUAAUAAAAGACCGAGAACGAUUCGUGA